GGUCCCACAAUGGCCGUGGCCCGCUGCGCUCCGAGCUGCGGGGUCCGAGACUGGAGCUUCCUGCGCGGGGUCGGUGCUCUGGAGGCUGAGUGCUGGCUCUGCUGGUGCUCCGUGGUCCGGGGCAGACUGGCAGCCAGACCCCAGAACUCUUCAUCAGUGCAGACCAGAGCUUGGGCAGGAAAGUUCACCCUCUAGGUGAAGAGAAAGGGAGCGCAGCGGUGCUGGAAGAAAAGGGUCCUUCCUGCGGACGGCGGCGCAGGAGGACAGUGCCAUGCUCCUCUCCAUCCUGGUGGCCUUGUGCCUGUGGCUGCGCCUGGCGCUGGGCGUGCGCGGCGCGCCCUGCGAGGCCGUGCGCAUCCCCAUGUGCAGGCACAUGCCCUGGAACAUCACCCGGAUGCCCAACCACCUGCACCACAGCACGCAGGAGAACGCCAUCCUAGCCAUAGAGCAGUACGAGGAGCUGGUGGACGUCAACUGCAGCUCCGUGUUGCGCUUCUUCCUCUGCGCCAUGUACGCACCCAUCUGCACCCUGGAGUUUCUGCACGACCCCAUCAAGCCCUGCAAGUCCGUGUGCGAGCGCGCGCGCGACGACUGCGAGCCGCUCAUGAAGAUGUACAACCACAGCUGGCCUGAGAGCCUGGCCUGCGAUGAGCUGCCCGUUUAUGACCGCGGGGUGUGCAUCUCUCCCGAGGCUAUUGUCACUGAUCUUCCGGAGGAUGUGAAGUGGAUAGACAUCACACCAGAUAUGAUGGUGCAGGAGAGGUCCUUUGAUGCUGACUGCAAACGCCUGAGCCCCGACCGGUGCAAGUGCAAAAAGGUGAAGCCAACUUUGGCAACCUACCUGAACAAAAACUACAGCUAUGUUAUUCAUGCCAAAAUAAAAGCCGUCCAGAGAAGUGGUUGCAAUGAAGUGACAACAGUGGUAGACGUGAAAGAGAUCUUCAAGUCUUCCUCACCCAUCCCUCGAACACAAGUCCCCCUCAUCACGAACUCCUCCUGCCAAUGUCCGCAUAUCCUGCCCCAUCAGGAUGUCCUGAUCAUGUGUUAUGAGUGGCGUUCAAGGAUGAUGCUUCUUGAAAAUUGUUUAGUUGAAAAAUGGAGAGAUCAACUUAGUAGGAGGUCCACGCAGUGGGAAGAGAGGCUUCGCGAACAGCAGAGGACCGUUCAGGACAAGAAGCGAACGGCUGGCCGCACCAGCCGCAGCAACCCCACAAAGCCAAAGGGAAGGCCACCCGUUCCCAAAGCUGCCAGCCCUAAGAAGAACGUCAAAGCCAGAAGUGCCACCAAAACGUCAAACCUGAAGAAAAUUGCAAGCUAACAACGUUCCAAGACGGAGCCACCCUUACAGGAUAAGGCGCUACUGCCUGGGACAGCCUGUGGAAGGCCAGACACCACUUGCCUGAAGGAGCAACUGCACUUCUCCUUAUUAGACACACCCUGCAGCCUUUUUCUCUAAUGGUAGCUUCAGUGUUUCUCCUUAACCCGCACAGUCCUGAUGCCGGUUGGUCCUCUGGUAUGGAUGAUGCAAGAGGAAAAGAUGAUGGAAAGGUUUCUGCAUUCAGAGUGGCCACAUACUCUGUGUGACCUCCACGCGGCAGGAAAUGUGCCUCUGUUUUGAGAGUUUGACCUACUAUGUACAUUGUAAAGUUCACAUACUAUGUCAAACAAAACCGUUUUUACUUUUUUGACAAAAAAAUAUUGUACUUCCUUUGACUUCUGUUAGGAAGUUAGUGAGGCAUUAAAUGUGACUGAAACUAUGCUUUUGACAAAGGCAGGAGGAAUGGUCCUUAAAAGACCUUCGUCUUUUUGUUGUCUGCGUAAAGAUUUUUCUGAUGAAUGGAGUUUCGGAAAGCUUAGAGAUGUGGGAUGUGAGGGUGGCAAUGUGUGUUUUUCAGACUCUCAUUUCUGUCUUUAGCUUAAACUUUGAAAGCUAAGCUAAACAUGACGAAUAAAAAGAAGAGGCAGACUGUCCGUGUGUGUUCUCAUCGUCCAGCUGCCACACCUCGCUGGAGACGCUCUGAUCAAAAAUGUUCCUCGCCGGUACCCUGGAUGCUGCCCCAUAGACAGCAUGCCUCUUUCCCCCUUUGCAGCUCAGGUACCAAGUAGCAGGUUAAUCCAGUCAAGUGAGUGGGUCACUCAUCUCUUCCCAGGGCAUCUUACUGCUUCUAGUCACAACAGGACAUUCUCUGUGCACUUACUUGCAAGGACUCACAGCCUAUUGAAGCUGGCUCACAGUGUGCUGCGCCAUAGGCACCGUACUUACUGUUUACUUCCGGUGGCGACUAGGGGUCACUUGAUUAUCUACUACACGUGGAAUUAGCAGGACAGUACGAACACUUGAUG